AUGGAUAAGAGGGCCAGGAAGGGUAGGCAAAAGAUUGAUAUGAAGUUGAUUGAGUCUAAGAAAGCACAUACUUUUACUUUCUCGAAAAGGAAAAAAAGUUUGUUCAAGAAAGCAAAUGAAUAUUCAACUCUGACCGGAGCAUAUGUUGGUGUUUUAUUCUUUUCACCAAGUGGAAAACCAUAUUCCUAUGGCUCCAAAGGUAUAGAAAAAAUAACAAAUAAAUUUCUUGAAUUGAAACUAGACGAUCGCCAACGUGAUCAUGCUGAUGUAGGCAAAUCAAAUGUCUUGGAGGCAUUUGAAGAUCUUUGUAAAGAAGUACAAGCAUUGAUAGAGAAAGAAAAAGAGCACCCUCGUUCAAAUAUAUUAUCAGACAAACACAUGUUGGAGCAGUUCAUGGCAAUCAAGUUGCGAUUGGACAAAGUUAAAAAGGAAAGAAAAGGUAAAUGUAUCCCCGAGCCAGAAGAGGAGGAGAGUUCUUAA